GUGUUGUCACCUGUAAUGAAGAUCACUGUGAAACUGAAGAGUAACUAAAGCCUUGUAACACUGGACCUACAUUUGAGAUUUAGAAAAGAAAGUUAAAGUUAGUCAUUUUGAUUGUAGUGUUCUAAUUUCAUAAUAUUUAUUCUCCCAAAUAGAUUUAGUGAGUAGAUUAAAAUUUAGUGCUAUACUAAAGAAUGCACUAAUAUUUUUGCUGGUAUUUUUUUUUCUUUUUGUAUGAGAGAAGAAAGUAGACAGCAGAUAGCUAUAGUGAUUCAUAAUGAAAUAUACUAAAUUGAAUUUUAUGAUGUCAGUUCUUGGCAUUAUAAUCUAUGUCACUGAUUUAAUUGUGGACAUCUGGGUAUCUGUCAGGUUUUUCCGUGAAGGACAAUAUGUUUUUGGUGCUUUAACAGUAGGCUUUAUGCUGUUUGGAACACUUGUGGUCCAGUGUUUUAGUUAUUCUUGGUUCAAGGCUGAUUUAAAGAAAGCAGGCCAAGAAAGUCAGCAUUGUUUUCUCCUACUGCAUUGCUUGCAAGGAGGAGUUUUUACAAGGUAUUGGUAUGCCUUGAAAAAGGGUUAUCAUGUGGUUUUCAAACAUAGCAAGACUGAUAACUUCAUAGGAGAACAAAUUGAUCUACGUAAAGAAGUUAUAGAUAGAGUGACUGAUUUGAGCAUGCUCAGACUAUUUGAGACCUACCUGGAAGGCUGCCCACAACUGGUUCUUCAGCUCUAUAUCCUUCUGGAACAUGGAGAAGCAAAUUUCAGUCAAUGUGCAGCCAUUGGGGUCUCUUGCUGUGCUAUUUCUUGGUCGACUGUUGAUUAUCAAGUAGCUUUAAGAAAAUCCUUGCCUGAUAAAAAUUCCUUUAAUGGAUUCUGUCCCAAACUUAUAUAUCUCUUUUACAAGUUGUUUACAUUAUUAUCUUGGAUGCUGAGUGUUGUACUUCUUUUAUUCUUAAAUGUUAAGAUUGUUUUAUUUCUGUUGUUAUGUCUUUGGUUUUUAGGUGUAGUGUGGGCAUUUAAAAACCAAACUCAGUUUUGUGCUUCCAUCAGUAUGGAAUUCUUAUACAGGGUUGUUGUAGGGUUCAUUCUUACCUUUACAUUUUUUAAUAUUAAGGGACAGAAUACCAAAUGUCCAAUGUCUUGUUAUUAUACCAUAAGGGUACUGACCACAUUGGGGAUAUUGAUUGUGUUCUGGGUUUACCCACUUUCUGUUUUUAAUUCGGACUAUUUUAUACCUAUCAGUAUUAUUAUAGCUCUUGCUCUUCUCCUUGGAAUUAUUUUUCUUAUUGUUUAUUAUGGGACUUUGCACCCAAACAGAAGUGAAAAAAAACAAGCUGAUGAAAUUGAUGGAAAACGAGUGCAAAUCGAUUGUAGAAUGAAGUAUUUCCUAAUGGAAUAAGUUAUUCAUUUAUGGGAUGUGUUUUCUUAUUUUUUGUUUCAUUGGUUAGUAAAGAAAAUGUAUGUGUAUGAGUGUGUGUUGUUUUUUAUUUUUGUUUUUAAUUUGAAAUCAGUUCUGGUAUGUUGUUUAUGAAUGUGAGAGAGCAUAAUACUAUUUUUUUUUUAAA